AUGUCUGGUUUUUCCUGGGGCCGAUCUCAAAUAAAAAAUUAUUUAAUAACUUUACAGGAUUCUACUAAUCAACUAGAUCAAUCUAAAAUGUCCAAAAUUGAUCAAUCACCUAUAGAAAUUAAUUUACCAACUUCUAAAAUGUUGUCAACUAAAAUAAAAAUCUUUAUUCGUUUGCGAUCUCUUAGAUAUUUUUUUACUUUUCUGCUAGUUCCUAUUGUUUUGGCACCAAUUCCAUUGAUUAUUGGCACCCCACCAGCUUCUUGUGCUUAUGUAAUUCUUGUAAUGGCUUUCUUUUGGUUAACCGAAACAAUUCCGUUGCCUGUAACUUCUUUAAUUCCAAUAUUUGCUUAUCCAUUACUUUCUGUUGAAUCGGCGGAACAAGUUUCUUCAGUUUAUCUAAGCGAUUCAAAUAUGAUUUUCUUUGGGUCUAUGGUUAUGGCUGUUGCGGUAGAAUCUUCUCGUUUACACGAGCGUGUUGCUCUGCGGACACUGUGUUUUACCGGUGCUAAUCCUCGCUUUUUAAUGCUUGGAUUGCAAGUUGCAACAGCUUUUAUUUCUUUGUGGAUGUCAAAUACUUCAACUACUACCAUGAUGCUGCCCUUGGUGCUUGCGCUUAUUAAAGAACUGGAUAUGUGUGAACGUUUAGAGAAUAAUCCAAUUCCUCAUGUUGCAUCAAAGGAUUCAAUAGAAAAUGUUUCUCAAGUUUUGGUCCUUUCCGAUUCCAAACAACAACAACAUAUUUAUAAAGGUCUUUUACUUUCAAUUGCUUAUGCUUCUGCUAUUGGUGGAAUCGGUACUUUAAUUGGCACAGGAUCAAAUAUUGCCAUGAAUAACCAUUUUCAAAGUAUUUAUGGAGAUAAGAAUCCAGUAUCAUUCUUUUCAUUUAUUUGUUAUGCUUUACCUCAGGUGAUUAUUCUUUUGAUAAUUUGUUGGAUUUGGCUGCAAUUUUUAUUUAUUGGAUUUAGUUAUGUCACAGACGGAACUUCAGCAAUGCUAAUUUCCAUGUUGCUUUUUGUUUUGCCUGCAGAAAAUCCGUUUUCAUCAAAAAUUGUUGAGCGACUAGUCGCGAACAAAAAAGAUGAACCUAUUCGUACAGUAAUGACUUGGAAAUUAAUGAGGGAAAAAUUUUCAUGGUCAACCCUCUUUCUGCUGGGAGGAGGAUUUGCUAUGGCUGAUGGAGUAAAGAAAAGUGGUCUUUCUGAAUUGCUUUGUUCGCAACUUUCUGGAAUGCAAUGGUUGCCUCCUUGGACAUUUAUAGCCUUUUCUAGUGCUAUAGUUUGCCUGUUAACUGAAUUCACCAGUAAUAUUGCUACAGCAUCUAUUUUUAUUCCUAUGGUUGCCUCAAUUGCGAUUGCCCAAAAUAUGAAUCCACUUAUCUAUGUCUUGCCAGUUACCUUUGCUUCAUCUUUUACUUUUAUGUUUCCCGCUGGCACCCCACCAAACGCGAUUGUCUUCUCCGCGAAAAUAUUGCAUGUUUCUGAUAUGAUUUUGGGUGGAUUGGUUCUAAAGAUCAGUUCAUUCAUUCUAUGCCAAGUAUUUGCCCAAACAUACGCCUAUCUAAUUUUUGAUAUGGAAGGCUUUAAUGUCUCGAUUCCACUAACACCAAAUGCUCCAUAA